AGCAAAAGGACGCUAAUGGAUUCUUCUAUAUCUGUCUCUACUGUGGCUUCGGAAAUUGUUUGUCUAACAUGUGGGGAUAAAGGAGAUGUCAAGCUUCUUGUAUACUGCUCACAAUGUCGUGAUUCUGCUGUACACCUCUAUUGCCAAGAGAAAAUCACUGUUGAUGAUGACUAUGCCGAUUGGAUUUGUUGGGAUUGCGCUCCCAAAGUUGCUAAGGUUGAUCAGGUCAGAAAGAGUGAACGGAUAAGUGAGCGAUUAAUCCAUGCUUUUGAUGUUCGAGCGGAAUGGAGAAGAAAGCUUUACCGUUGUAAAGUCAAAGCUCUAAGGUUAGAUGAGGCUAGACAUGACACAAGCGGAGAAGUUCAAUCACCUACAGCCCAUAGUCCUUUUCACGUUUUGCAAAAGGAGAAGCCUUCAUUUGUUGACACUAAGAAACACAAAGACAUUGGAGAAGAGUGUGCAGAUGUAUGCUAUUCUGAACAGCAUAUUGAAAUAGUAAAAGCAGGGAUCACUCCACUAGUAGGUAAACGCCAGGAAGCUUAUUGUUCAACAUUGAACAACGAGGAAGGUGGAAUGGUAGAAAGAGCUCAAGUAAGAGGUGACUCUUCUGUGCAAGAUUCAAAGAGUGCGCAGUCACUUGGUGAAAUUGGAAAACAACAAGAGAUGAGAAAGUCAAGCAGGAAGUUUGUAGUUCGUGAUGAUGACGGUGAUUUUGAGGGAGAGGGUGGGGCAAUUGGUGGAACUUUUACUUCUUCAUUCCCUGGUGAGCAAAAUUUUCCACUCGACACUUUGUAUGGUGAUCCUCAAGUGGAAUCUGUGAAUUGUUUGUCAGCAGAGCCAGUUAUUGAUCCCAUUUGGAGGGGAUGUUUAAUCUUCAAUACAGAGAGUCAAAGCAGUAUUAAUAUCUUAGCUCAUUUGUCAAACAAAGCCUGUGAAAAGGCGUGUAUAGCAGCAACUAGACUUCCUGUGAAUCUUGAUGUAAAACUUGUGUCCAAGAAUGAUGUAUGGCCAAGGAGUUUCCAGAGGUUGCAACCAACAGACUGCAGUAUUGCUGUGUAUCUCUUUCCCGAGCUAGAAGAGGAUGAAAAUUCUUAUGAUGCUCUAUUGGAAGAUGUUAUUGAGAAUGAUCUUGCAAUGAGCGCCACAAUUGACAAUGUGGAGCUUUUGAUUUUUUCAUCUUGUGUUCUGCCACAGAAACAUUGGAGGCUUCGUAGAAAGUACUAUUUGUGGGGCGUGUUUAAACAUAAGUCAUCACGCUCAAGAAUACCAACUCGUAACAUUCUUGCACAAGCUAGCAGCAUUCAGAAUGCAGCUACUAGUGAUCUCCCAAAUGAAGUCGAAGGUGCACAUACAGGUAGUUCUCAGGACCAGAGUUUCCCAAGUCCCUUGAGCAUAGAGAAAGGUGUGGAUUCUGGCAGUCCUCCGGGUCGCUUCCCAAGUCCCUUGAGCAUAGUGAAAGGUGUGGAUUCUGCCAGUCCUCCGGGUUGCUUCCCAAGUCCCUUGAGCUCCUGUUGUAACAUUACCUCUACAAAAGAUUCUCCUUGCCAUCAUGAGAACUGAGGCUUCUCAAUUAAGGGGUAGGCUUCUCGCCCCUCCAUUGGUGACGGGCAGUUAAAGAAGAUAGCUCAUAUUUUCGUGGUAAAAUAUUACAGAAAUAUCGUUGAAAAACUUAGUGUUUUGUUUGCAAACUUCUCAAAGUUGUUCAUUGUUGGUGUUUGCAUAAUUUAAACUUGCAUAUGAAAGUAUAUUCUUUAGAGACACAAGGCAUGUAAUGUCAUUAUUUUGGAAGUUGUAUUUCAUACACAAUGCUUAUAGGUCCUUGAAAUAAGAUAUGGCUAUUACUUA